CUCUUUUACCGAGCGUGGUGGAGUGCAGACGCCCACGACCGUCUCUCAGUGGCGGACUGGUCAUUCAAGAUAAGAUAACUCGUCGACAAUCCACUGGACAGUUAAAUAGCCUUGCCGAUUCCAAUAAGCCUCAGUCGUGCGGAGGACAAGCCUACACAGUGAGCUCUUGUUGCCUCCCUAAGAAACCUACGAGCUCGAAUAAAAGAAACUUCACGCGGUAAAGAAAAAUUGGACACACACACGGUAACACCAGCCACCUCCUUUCACUCGCUCGUUCUUGCUUGGUAAACCUUCCACCAGUCUGUUUGUUACACCCGCUGCUACACUCACCGCCCCUCUUGCUUAUACACACACCAAACACUCGAACACCUGUUCAAGAUGCCUUAUGACUUCACUACAUGGGAUCGCAACUGCCUGGAGGAACACGUUACACCCAUCGAUGGCACUAUGUCAGGUUCAAUACCACCUUGGCUACGUGGGUCUUAUAUCCUGGAUGGGCCAGGCCGCAUGACCUUUGGGGAAUAUGAGUUCAACCACGUGUUUGAUGGGUCGGCGCUCCUACAGAAGUUUACUUUCGGGGAGACGGGUGUCACCUUCGCCAGCAGGUUCCUCCGCACCUACGCCUACAACACUAACCUCGAACAUGAACAAAUUGUAGUCUCCGAAUUUGGUACGACAGGCAAAUCUGUCGCCAAGAGUAAACUGAGCAAGUUAGGUGAUAGAUUCGCCUUCGACAAGAUGUUCUCCGACAAUGCCCCCAUCGGUGUGGUAACUUUCGGCGGGGAGUACUACUGCAUCACCGAGGCCCCCUUCCUCCAUAAGAUCGACCCUACCACCCUUGAGACCAUCAGCAAGGUGGAUCUCCAUAAGGAACUGGGUAUCAACUCUCACUGCCCCAACCCUCGUACUCUAGCUGACGGCACCACCCUCAAUAUCCUGCACGGUGUUGGUGCUACCGGACCCAAGUAUGACAUCAUGGCCUUCCCGCCCAAGCCACUGGAUGGUAAGGCUCACGUGUUCGCUAAGCCCAAGAAAAUCGCCUCGGUCGACGCUCGGUGGAAACUCAACCCGUGCCACAUGCACACCUUCGGCUUGACAGAGAACUACUUCGUCCUGCUGGAGCAGCCCCUGACCAUCGAUGUGAAGGCCAUGGUCGCCAACACCAUCCGCGACAAGCCCUUCAUUGGCGGCAUGGAGUGGAUGGAGGAUAAGCUGGUGAAAAUUCACCUGAUAAACCGGGAAACAGGGAAGGAGGUGAAACAGAAGGUGAAGUGUGAGGCGUUCUUCUACAUGCACAUCAUCAACUGCCAUGAGCGUGAUAAUCACGUCGUCAUCGAUGUUAACGCCUACAAGAAGCCCGACCUCCUGCACGCCUUCCACGUCAAGAACCUAAGAGAGAAGGGUGGUAACCUGGGCAACGAGCUGGAUGGAGGCAACGUGAAGAGAAUCGUCAUCCCGAUGGAAGUGUCGGAGAAGGUGGCUCCUGAACUCAACUUGGUGAUGCUCCCAGGCACCAAGGCCAAGGCUCACAGGCAGAAGGACGGCUCGCUCAUCCUCACCCCAGACGUGAUCACUGACUAUGCCCAGGAGGUCCCCACCCUCCACCCUGACUACGUCACUAAGAGAUACCGCUACUUCUACGGCAGCAGCGGCAACAUGACCGGCACCACUGGCAAGGUUAGCAAGGUAGACAUGGAGACACGUGAGAUUAAGGAAUGGUGUGAAGAUGACCUCUACACCAGCGUCUCCUACUUCGUGCCGAGACCAGGAGCCACGACUGAGGACGAUGGUGUUCUCCUGGUGACGAUUCUUCACGGAAAAGACAGGAAGAAGAUUACCCUUCUGGUACUGAACUCGGCCGACAUGAGCGAAGCGGCCCGCGUAGUGUUCAUCACCUCCUCAGAUGUCCCCCGCUCUCUCCACGGCAACUUCAUCCCCGCAUGAACAUUAGAAGGAUUUUUUUUUACCCAAGGACAACCUGUGAGGAGAAAAAUUGUUAGAUGAAAACAGAAGUGUUUAACAAUGACAACUUUAGAGCAGCACGGUAACUGCCACGCGAAUUGUGAGAGCAUGCCAGAGCAGAUUAAAAUUAAUACAUAAAUAAAUAAUUACCAGAUCAAAUAGCAAAAUCUCAACUCUCCGAAAGAGCAGAUAACUAAGAACAACUAGAAAAUGUGAGGAGAACCUGCCAAGAAACAAGUGUUCUGACAACAGAACUGAGGACCUGUAACACUGCAGAACCCCCCCCACACACACACACACACACACACACACACACAUUAACUACGGUUCAUGUAAGUGAUAUAUUGCAUAACAGAGGACCAGUAACACCAGUAUUUUUUUCUUACGUUACUUUCCAUAUACCACAAGGCGUAUUUAUACUCUACUACAACAACAGGAGAGAUUUUAAGUAGAAGUGUAUUGUAUAGCAAGUUUUUCUCGCUGACGGAGGACCAUAACAUUAUGAACUGCAUUAUGUGUAAACUACAUUUUUACAAGUACUGUAACUUUUAAGUACUUCAGAUGAAUGUGCCGUAUUUUUUUAAUACAGUGACUUAACAAGUGCAGUACGAUGUAUGAGUGCCGUAAAUUUAUGAAUAAUCUCAUUCCGGUGAAUUUGUCUUUAUAAAUAAUAUAUGUUAAUAAUUGUUUUAUUUAUCUAAGCGUUCUUUAACAUUGAAUCUGUAGAAGUAUUGCAGCCGUUGUCAUCAGCAGCCUCUCCAGCCUGUGGUAGUAGUUUAAUACAAUACUGUACCCGGAAGGACAUAGAACGAACUAUUGAUAGAAAUGUGUACAUCACGCCUCAAAAAUGCCCAGUAUUACUGAUAAAUGCCUAGAUAACAAAAAUCCAGUAAAACUGUGUAAAUUACUACUUUAAAAUCACUCCAUUUUGUCAGUCUUUUCGAGUGUGUGCCCCUCCCUCCCCCCACUGGUCCCUGUACACUACUUGGCAAAAUCGACGAGUGUGUGGACAUGAAGUGUCAGGGGUGGAUCUGUUCACCGUGACCUCUUUCCCAUCUGAAACGCACCAAACUAUCUUAACACAAAUACAAACUAUAAGCAGUGAAAAGCACUCUUUAAUAAGCGUCAUGAUGUUUGAGUUAUGUACACGAGACAUAAUCAUCUUUAAACAUCAGGUAUUUUAUUUUGUUACAGUAAAUGUUGUUUGUUUCAAUGCGGACGUUAACCAAACACAUCUGAAACGUUACCAAGCACAAUAUAUAUUUAUUUACUCGUCACUUACACAAGAUGUUAUCAUUCUUAUAUUGUUUUAUAGUUGUUUUCAGUUGAUGUUGGUAGAUUUUUUUUUAUUUAUACCACAUGUUUAUCAACUGCACCAGAUGUUUACUGUAAGAUCCAGGUGUUGUUUUAUAUACUUACAAAUUAUGUUCUUCGUGUUAACCAGGUGUCAAUCGUUCACAUCACAUGUUUAAUAGCUUCACAAGAUUUAUAUAAAUUUGUGCUAGAUUUUUUGUAUUUACACCAUAUGAUAUUGUUUGAACUAGGUGUAAUUUUUUUUUUUACAUCAGAAGCUUUUUAUUUUCACCAUAUUGUGUUUUACAUUGUUUGUAUUCACACCAUGCUUUAUUUGCACCAGAUGUUUUGUUUCCACUUGAUGUUUUUAUUGACAACAUGUUUUUAUUGUCCCCAAAAUUGUCUUGUUUCCUCUAGAUAUUUUUUUUUUACAUCAGAAGUUUCCAUUUAUACCAAAAAGUUCACAAUUCAACCCCAGAUGUUUAAACAUUCCAUCACAUUUACUCGUGUAGUCUUUUAAGUCUCUUCAGCAAUGUCAACAUAAUUGUAUUAACUGUUAUUUGUGUUUAUACCAUUUUACUGUACCUCCUUCACUGUUCAGUAAAGAAAUGAUGGAAAUCUUAUGA